AUGGUUGCCUGCAAAAUGUCCUAAUCAAAAGCCGAUCGUCAUUCGUCGAUCAGAUUGAUCGUGAGACGGAUACAAUUAUUUCCAGCACAAAUGCAAGAAAACAAUGCGUAGAAAACAGUGGAGUCAACAAUGACCGUCAUCAGACAGAUCACCAAUCGGUAAUCAAUUCAUUAUACAUUGAAGACUCAAAUAACGUGGAUUUCCCAGAAGAUGAUGUUGGCACAUCCAGCAAGUUAAAUGGUUUUGAAUCGAUGGCCCAAAUUACAACAACCGAUUUACUUUGCUGGUCAUUCCAAAUUUCACGUGGAAUGCAUUAUUUGGCAUCACGCAAAGUGUUGCAUGGUGACUUAGCAGCGAGAAAUAUUCUUUUGUGUGACGAAAAUGUGAUAAAAAUCUGUGACUUCGGUUUGGCUCGAUCGUUGUACAAAACUGACGUUUACCGUAAGAACAAAGAGGCAUUACUCCCAUUUAAAUGGUUGGCUAUCGAAUCUAUGAAGAAUCAUGUGUUCAGUAUUCACACUGACGUUUGGGCUUUCGGAGUUGUGCUUUGGGAGUUGUUUUCGCUUGGAGCGACGCCAUAUCCUGGUUUGUCAGGCCAAGAUUUGUACAAAAAAUUACUAGAUGGCUACAGAAUGGAGAAGCCAGACUUUGCCACUCAAGACAUAUAUGAUAUUAUGUCAGCAUGUUGGCGGAAAGAACCUGAGUUGCGUCCAUCAUUCGAUGAGCUUGGGAGAAGUCUCUCUAAAUUUUUGGAUCCCAGUGUUGCAGAGCGAUUUGUGAAUUUAAACGAACCAUAUUCAAAAGCAAACGUGGAGAAGUACGAAGGUGGGAAGAUAGAUUAUACAGCCUUGAUGGAAACACCCGAUUUCCAAGCACCAUCUUCGCCAUCCGGAUCAGCACACCAAUGCAAUGCACUCGCUGAAAUUCACCAACAGCCAAACGAAUCCUCAACAAUCGCAAGCGAUACUUCCAGUAAUGUGUAGAAAUAAAUUGUGUGGAUUUUGUUUUUAGUGUCAUCGCCAAAAUCAUCAAAAUGAUCACUACUUAUAAGCUUGUUUGUAAUGAUUGACAAAGACUUCAACAAAGCAAUUAGUUUCAUUUUUCAACUAUAGCUUAAUUCAACAACAAUAUGAAAUCGUUGUAAUAUAUG